CCAAGCCCCAAAAGAAAUUCCCCUUAGCACAUCACUUUCUGCAUGAGCACUAUGGCUGGCAAACCCCAUGGGAAGCUGGACUGCCUGGCAGGUGACACCCACCUGGGCAGGUAUAAAGAGCCACCAGCCAGGACAGCCCGCCGCACUUUGGUUUCCUCUAUCUCGCUGUGCACAGCUUUGCAUCUGGGGCUGAACACCUGAUCCCUCCACCAUGAGCUGCAGCAUCAAGAGAACGUCCAGCACCUCGUACAGGAGCGGAGGAGGAGGUGGAGGCGCCUGCGGCGGCGGCAGCGGCCGCAGCUCCUCGGUGUCCUGCCGGCGCUACGCCUCCUCCGUCAUCGGGGGCAGCUUCGGCGGGGGCUGCGGGGGCUUCGGGGGCGGCCUGAGCAUGGGCAGCCUGGCCGGGGGCUUUGGCGGGGGCUUUGCGGGCAGCUGCGGCCCCGGCGGGGACCUGCUGCUCAGCGGCAAUGAGAAGCUCACCAUGCAGAACCUCAACGACCGCCUGGCCUCUUACCUGGACAAGGUGCGAAGGCUGGAGGAGGAGAACGCCCAGCUCGAGCACCACAUCCGCGAGUGGUACAGGAAACAAGCUCCCAGCGUCUCCAAGGACUACAGCUCCUACUACCAGACCAUUGAACAACUCCAGAAUCAGAUUAUUUCUGCCACUGUGGAUAACAACAGGAUGACUCUGGACAUUGACAACAGCAAGAUGACUGCCGAUGACUUCAGAAUGAAGUAUGAGAAUGAGCUGGUCAUCCGUCAGACCGUGGAGUCUGACAUCAAUGGCCUGAGAAACAUCCUGGAUGGUCUCACUACCACCCGGUCUUCACUGGAAUGUGAGCUGGAGUCCUUGAAGGAUGAGCUGAUUGCUCUCAAGAGAAACCAUGAGGAGGAAAUGAGGCAGCUCCAGUCCCAAACUGGUGGCGAUGUGAGCGUGGAGGUCAAUGCUGCCCCUGGACAAGACUUGACAAAGAUCCUGAAUGACCUGAGAGAUGAAUAUGAGCAGAUCAUUGAGAAGAACCGCAGGGAGGUGGAGCAGUGGUAUGAGGUCAAGAUCCAAGAAGUCAAUCAGCAGGUCACUUCCAGCAGCCAGGACAUCCAGACCAGCAGCCACCAGCUCUCCGAGCUGAGGCGCGAGAUGCAGAACCUGGAGAUCGAGCUGCAGGCACAGCUCAGCACGAAAUGCUCCCUGGAAAACUCCCUGUCGGAAACCGAGUCUCGCUACGGCCGCAUGCUCCAACAAAUCCAGAUGCAGAUCAACUCUGUGGAGGAGGAGCUGGGCAGCAUCCGCUGUGAGAUGGAGGGUCAGAGCCAGGAGUACAAGAUGCUCCUGGGCAUCAAGAUGCGCCUGGAGCAGGAGAUCCAGCAGUACCGGUCGCUGCUGCAGGAGGGGCAGCAGGAUCUUGUGUACGUUCUCUGUUUGCAAAUAAGGGCACAAGUUUUAUCACAAGGUUUUCUCUCUUGGCACUCAUGGAAGACAGAGCAGAAUAUUUGACUUGUCUGUAGCUGAAAUCUAAGUUCAGCCACUUUUUUUUACGGCAUCUGCA